AUGGCGUACCAUCACCAACAACAGCAAGAGCUCAAGCCAUGCGUGGAUGCGAGCUGGUUUGUGGAAAGCGUGCCUGAGCGCUUCAUGUGCCCCAUCUGCCAUGACGUGAUGGUGCAGCCAACACAAGGGCCGUGCCAGCACGAGUUUGGCCACCAGUGCAUCCGUGCGUGGAUCAAAGAUCACCCUUGCUGUCCUGUUUGCCGGGACCCGCUGACCACCUCCAUGCUCACGCCCGCACGGCUCAUGCGCGAGCUGGUGGAGGAGCUGCCGCUCCGCUGCAAGUUCCACAACCACGGCUGCCAGGCGCGCAUCACCUUGGCUUCGGCGGACGCCCACCUGCGAGACCAGUGCACCGUCAUCGAGUGCACCAUGCCAGAGUGCCCUGAAAUCGUGCUGCGCGAGCACCUCGCGGACCACCUGAAAGUCUGUCCGCACAACCCGGGGGCGCACGCCGCACGUAUGAAGACGCUGGAGCAGCAGCAGCAGAACAUGCGGGUGGUGCUGUUUGAGAACCUGCGCUCGGGCGUCGUGGAUCCGCUCGUAUCCGUGCACAAGCGCCUGGUGCAGAGCCAGGUGCGCAUCCGUACCUUUGAGCAGACGCUUGACGAGAUCUCCAUCCCUCGCGAUGACGACGUGGCGCGGUCGAAGCGGAAGGAGCUGCUCCGUGUCCUGGGCCAAACCGAGGCCGCCAUCGACACGCUCGCCAAGUCCAUCAGCUCCUUCAAGGCGCACUGCCCCAGCAACGCUUGA